AUGGAUCAGGACCUCUUCUGAAAUGGGAGUUUAAGACCUACACUCAGACAAGAGGUGGGUGCUAUGUGAGUGGAGUUGGUGACUGAUAGCUGACCAUUGAUACAGGCUAGGAAUACCAAUGAGCAAGGGGACUCAGAGUCAGAGACUUGGUCUGAGAGGAGCAGACAUCACUGGCAGAGGACGGAGCUCCAGGCUCUGCAAGGAAUCAAGGGAAGCUCCAAGCAUGGGGACCGGAUGUGACCUCCAUUGGCUUCCGCCUGUGGGAUCUGAGAGAAGCGAAAGAGUCUUUCUGAGAGGUAUCUUGAGAGUGGCAGAGGGCAGCCGGUCCAGGCUCUGUGAGGAGGCAAGCCUUGGGAAUCUGAGGGAUGGAGACUUGGGUCCGCAGAGAGGGUCUCAGGUGCAGCCCUGCCAGCAUCAAGAGGAAGAAGAAGAGGGAGGACUCAGGAUACCUUGGACUCCAGGUCAGUAGGGACCUUGGCCCUUGGAGUUCCAAGGCACAGUGGCCACAUGUGGUGCAUCCUCACUCUGCCUUUGGGGUGUCAGAGAGGAGUGGGUUGUGGUCUGAGGAGUGGAGCCUCAGGUCAACCCAGGUAGGAGUCCCAGAGCACUGAGGGAGGACUCAGGCAACCAAUUAUCCCUGAGGUAGAAAACCUGCCCCUGCCAUCAGUCCUUGGAGGCCCCAGGCAGGACUCUAGGAAAGAGAGGCAGCUCCCCACUUCCUAGCUGGAUUUCUCUGGGAGAUGGUGGUCUUGGCCUGCAAAACCCAUCUACAGUUCAGCAGGAGAGACAUGGAUAGGCCUUGUCAGGAGUAAAUCUGAAUACCUGGAGGAAACCCAGAGAGAGGAGGCGCCCCAGAAAUCUGCUUCAUCUGGCAGCCUUUGGCAUCCCAUGAGGGGUGUCCGUGUAGUGCCCCUUCACUUUCUGCCUCCCAUAUCUCAGAGAGGUGGGGCCCUUGGUCUGAGGCAGGUCCUCAGGUCAGCAGAGGGAUACACACCUGGUCAGCACAGGGUGGAGUCCAGGAUCUGCCAGUAGUCAAGGAGAGGAAAAUUGAUUAAGACUGAAGGUAAGAAUGUACCCUCCCACAUGCCAAAGAAAAAGGGACCUCACAAAUCCCUGCUUCCUCUGUUUUCAUCCCUGGGAGGCCCCAGGUAGGGGAGGCAUGUGCCAUGCUCACAUUUCUGCCACGAGGUUGGGGGUGGCACCUUGCUCAGGGAGGUGAGCACCUUGUUUCAAGGGGGUGAUGACAGGUCAGCAGGUGGAGCCACACCUGAUCAGCAGAGGGAGGAGUCCCAGGAUCUUUAGGACUCAAGGUGUGUGUGUCCCCUUUGUGAGGACUGGAGAUACCCCCAUCCCAUAAUGAAGGGAUCCCACAGAGUCUCUCUGUCCCCUGUCCUUGGCUGUAUAGGGACCUCAUCACGGGUGGCCCCAAGUGGCAAGCUCACUUGUACAACAGGCAGAAAGUUGGGAAACCUUCAGGGAGAUGAGGUCUUGGUGUAAAGGGAUGUGUCCGCUCAUCUCAGGGGUUGGGAGUUGAGGAAGGACAGGCCCUGGCAGAAGUAAAGAUGAAAAACCCACAGGAGGACUUUGGAAUCCCCAGAACCGAAGGGUCCAGCCUCUGCUGUCAGCGCUGGACAACCACAUGAUGGGGUGAUGGGAUGUGGGGCCCUUUACUUCUGUUUUGGAAUCUUGGGCAGGUGAGCACUAUGUUCUCAGAGGACGACUUCCAGUCAACAGAAAGAGCCCCAUAUGGUCCACAAAUACAACAGUGGUCCCAGGAUCUGGCAAGAGUCCAGGUUUUUAGAGAACAGGCCAACCAGGAGGACAGGAGUCCCAGGAGGACCCAGAGGAUCACUGGAGGAGAAGAAGUGCUGUGGGGCCCCAUCACCCAGAUGUUUCCCACAGUUUGGCCUGCUGACCUAACUAGAGUCAUCAUGCCUCUUGAGCAAAGAAGUCAGCACUGCAAGCCUGAGGAAGGCCUUCAGGCCCAAGAAGAAGACCUGGGCUUGGUGGGUGCACAAGCUCUCCAAGCUGAGGAACAGGAGGCUGCCUUCUUCUCCUCUACUCUGAAUGUGGGCACUCUAGAGGACGUGCCUGCUGCUGAGUCACCAAGUCCUCCCCAGAGUCUUCAGGAAGAGUCCUCCUCUCCCACUGCCAUGGCCGCCAUCUUUGGGAGCCUAUCUGAUGAGGGCUUCAGCAGCCAAGGAAAGGAGGGGCCAAGUACCUCGCCUGACCUGAUAGACCCUGAGUCCUUUUCCCAAGAUAUACUACAUGACAAGAUAAUUGAUUUGGUUCAUUUAUUGCUCCGCAAGUAUCGAGUCAAGGGGCUGAUCACAAAGGCAGAAAUGCUGGGGAGUGUCAUCAAAAAUUAUGCGGACUACUUUCCUGAGAUAUUUAGGGAAGCCUCUGCAUGCAUGCAACUGCUGUUUGGCAUUGAUGUGAAGGAAGUGGACCCCACUAGCCACUCCUAUGUCCUUGUCACCUCCCUCAAUCUCUCUUAUGAUGGCAUACAGUGUAAUGAGCAGAGCAUGCCCAAGUCUGGCCUCCUGAUAAUAGUCCUGGGUGUAAUCUUCAUGGAGGGGAACUGCAUCCCUGAAGAGGUUAUGUGGGAAGUCCUGAGCAUUAUGGGAGUGUAUGCUGGAAGGGAGCACUUCCUCUUUGGGGAGCCCAAGAAGCUCCUCACCCAAGAUUGGGUGCAGGAAAAGUACCUGGUGUACCGGCAGGUGCCCGGCACUGAUCCUGCAUGCUAUGAGUUCCUGUGGGGUCCAAGGGCCCACGCUGAGACCAGCAAGAUGAAAGUUCUUGAGUACAUAGCCAAUGCCAAUGGGAGGGAUCCCACUUCUUACCCAUCCCUGUAUGAAGAUGCUUUGAGAGAGGAGGGAGAGGGAGUCUGAGCAUGAGAUGCAACCAGGGCCAGCGGGCAGGGAAACGGGCCAAUGCAUGCUUCAGGGCCACACCCAGCAGUUUCCUUGUCCUGUGUGAAAUCAGGCCCAUUCUUCCCUCUGUGUUUGAUGAGAGAAGUCAGUGUUCUCAGUAGUAGAAGGCACAGUGAAUGGAAGGGGACACAUUGUAUACUGCCUUUAGGUUUCUCUUCCAUUGAGUGACUUGGAGAUUCCUUUUUGUUUCCUUUUGGUAAUUUUCAAAUAUUGUUCCUGUAAUAAAAAUUUUAGUUAGCUUCAACAUCUAAGUGUAUGGAUGAUACUGACCACACAUGUUGUUUUGCUUAUCCAUUUCAAGUGCAAGUGUUUGCCAUUUUGUAAAACAUUUUGGGAAAUCUUCCAUCUUGCUGUGAUUUGCAAUAGGUAUUUUCUUGGAGAAUGUAAGAACUUAGCAAUAAAGUUGAACUGGUGUUGUGAAACAGAGAAAUAAAA